AUGUCGGGAGCUGCUCUUGUUGCAAUAGUAGCUUCGAUCGGCAAUCUGCUUCAGGGGUGGGACAAUGCCGCCAUCUCAGGUGCUCUGUUAUAUAUAAAGAAGGAAUUCAAACUAGAAAGUGAGCCUACUGUGGAGGGGCUGAUUGUGGCCAUGUCACUAAUUGGAACAACUAUCAUUACAACAUUCUCUGGACCAGUAUCAGACUGGAUUGGCCGGCUCCCUAUGCUCAUCCUCUCUUCAGUUCUGUACUUUGCUAGCAGCCUCAUUAUGCUAUGGUCCCCGAAUGUCUAUGUACUGCUCCUGGCACGUCUUAUAAAUGGAUUCGGUGUCGGCUUGUCUGUCACUCUUGUUCCUCUGUAA